AUGUUCGAGAACAUGACUCCACGUGUUGAAGCCAAGAUUAAAGAAGUUUAUAAGACACUUCAAGGACUUCCACAAGCCGAUGCUGAGGCAAAGUUUUUAGAGCGAGCGUCUGAAAUGGAGACCUAUGGUGUGGAGCCCGUAUUUGUUCAAGAUCGAAAAGGAAAUAACUUUUACGUCGGCCUUAGCCACGAAGGUGUCACCGCCUUUCGAGGCAAUCGUAAGGCUCAUGUUUUCCUGUGGUCAGUUUUGAUAAGACAAACCGCAUUUUACAUAUCGUUUAAAAUGUCGAAAAUACAUCGAAUAAGUUUUGACGGUAAAUUAUUUGUUAUUCAAGUCCAGUGGGAAAAUUGUGUUCUCUUUCGCAGUCUUAAUAGAUCCACAGAGGCGAAAAAAUCAAAAGCCAAUGCACGACUUUUUCGAAAGCCCCGAUUAUAUUCAUUUACCGGACGAUGUCAAAAGGAAAUGCUACAGAUGACUUCAUCCAUGCCAAAUAUUCCUCAGCCAAGUGUUUCAAGGAGUAGAAGUCUUCUGAACAUUGCUAUAAGUGUGAGUCGGAGCAGGCAGACGAAGAGUCAUGAGGAGUUGACUGAUGCUUUUAGCAAAUAUCUGGAUGAACAUACCAAUAACGCAAAAAAUGGUAGGUCUGUCUCGGUGGAUGCUCUUUCUGGGGGUGGGCAUUUGGUUGGGGCCGACUCCGAAUCCACUGAACAACUCAACCAAAGGGACACUUCGAAAUCUAGCCACGAUCCUUACGCCAAAUUAUAUCAAAGCAGUGAGUUGAUCUCCAAUUCAGCUUCACCGAAAGUGACAACAACGGGACAGAAUGGAGAGCUAUUACCAAAGGUCAGCGCAGCCGGGUCUCCAUUGCUUCCAAAGAGUUUGGAUGAUUUAAGUGAAGUUGCCAAAAAGGAGGUUGACGAAGUGCUAACGCAUGCAGAGAUCAUGCGAUUGGUUACACACAGCCAAAUUGAUGAAACUAAGGAGGUUAAGAAAAUCAAAACAGAGUGUGGAUCGUCUUAUGAAGAAGAAGAGAAACCUUUUAUUAAAACAACUCCAAAUUAUUCACGUUCAAACUCCUCCGACAAUAUCAAGCAUUCCAAGAAGGAAGAUGUCUCGGUUGCGAGCACAAAACCUCCACUCCCAUCUCCACUAUCAUCUCCGAGGAAGCUUGAUUGGCAAGAGGAUGAUAAAACCUCAAUACAAAAUAAAAAUUCUUCAUCAUCUGAGUCCUACUUGACACAGUUUAAUCAAUUUGAAAAUAGAAAGGUGCUUACAGACGGAACUGAAACAGUCUCAUCAAAUGCCUCCCCAGUUUCUUAUUCGUCAGCGUCACUCCUUUCGCCAAAGAUAAAAAAGAAUGUCACUUAUAGAAGCACAACAAUCGAUCCUCCUUCUGAUUUUGCCGAAAAAUACGCAUCUCAAUCCCCAAAAGAUAUUUAUUUCCCUUACCUUUCGAAAGUUAAAAACAUAGAUUAUGAUUUCGGAACUCACGAGAAACUCUACCACCCUCUGCGACUUGACAAACCAAGUAGAGAUCCAUUUUCUUUGCCAUGUAAAACCGAACAAUUGUCUGUUGCUAUAGAACCGAUCAAUGAUUCCAUUGAGUACUCAUCUACUCCUCAAGAACCUUCGAUAGGAAUCCAUGAAGGCGUAAUUAAGACACCGACGCAACUGGAUAGAAGUCCCCUUCUUCUUAGACAUGGCUACACUCCAUAUCGUGGUUUAGAGGUGAAUAGUCGCUACGGCGCUUCUCAUAGAAACAAGGAAGAAUAUCAAAGUAAUAUUGUUGGUCCGCACCCAGCGAUUGUCAAGGCUGGGUGUGCUCCUCCAAUCGCAGAACCAAUCAUAGUUGCUGAAUAUUUUGUUCCCUUAUGUGAUGACGAAGAGGAGGAUGACACGGAGGAAAGUAAGGCUGAAUCAGUUAAGAAUGCAGCAGUUAGUAGAGUAGUGGGGAAGAGUAAUCACACUAAAGGGACGGCUCCCACCCCUUUCGAUUGGAGUGCGGCGUCCGCCCGUAUGGAGAAAAAUCUCAAUGCAAAGAGUGCUCAAGAAACUCAGCGGUUAUCACCCAUGGCAACGGUUGUGCUGAGUCAAGAGAUUGUCUCCCCAAGAUUUGCUUUUCUCAUUCAGAAUAUAGAGGAUUGGAUUCAACGCCGUCGAAGUCCCUUGGAAGUAUUUCACUCCUCAAAUGUAAGUUCGACAGCCGCUUCUGGAGCUGUUCCUGGCGGUCCAGACUCUUCGAACCAACCAAUAAAGGCAGCAGCAGGUGCCCUAACCGCCAACAUCAAUUUGUCUCCCAUUAAUGAGCACGCCCUGAGGCGACCCACUCUCACUCUUCCAGUGCCUCGUCGAAGUCAAGCAAUCUCAAGUGUCCCAGACUUGAUCACAGAGGAACCAACUAUGCAAAGAACUCUCAUUCAAAUAUCCCAAACCAGAGGUUCAGGCGAUGAUGAGAGAAGACGAGAAGAGAACAAGAAAUUCCCUGAUGUCUCUCCAAAAGGUUCUCUCACAGCCGAUCGAAGUUCAACUUCAGGAGGGUCUAUUUUAUCGCCCACUUUGGUCCAAUUUUUAUGGUUCCUCGGGGUGUUUUUUUUCGUACAUCACAUUCUCAAGGUCAUUCGUGUUGGGCCAAUAAUGGGCUUCUUCGGUGCCACUGGCCCUGACGCUAUUGGUUAUUGGAGUGUUAUUGAAGCAGUUGUUGAUUUUUUCUUCUUUCGAAUUUUCUGA